AUGUCUUCGUUCUCAAAUGAGGAUCAAAGUAAUGAUAAUCAGUCACAGGAAAAUAAUCUAAGGAAAGGGCCAUGGACAGCAGAAGAAGAUGCAAUACUGGCAGAAUAUGUGACAAAACAUGGACCAGGAAAUUGGAACAUAGUGCAGCAAAACACUGGACUACUUCGUUGUGGCAAAAGUUGUCGUUUAAGGUGGACAAAUCAUCUAAGACCAGAUCUAAGGAGAGGUGCAUUCACCAAAGAAGAACAAAGGAAAGUCAUUGAGUUACAUGCGGAGAUGGGAAAUAAAUGGGCUAAAAUGGCACAGAAGUUGCCUGGACGAACAGACAACGAAAUCAAGAACUUUUGGAACACUAGACUGAAGAAAAGGAAACGAAUUGGCUUAGACCUCUACCCAGAUGGCAUAAAACCUGUGUCAGAUGCCCACAACCCAAACACUACUCUAGCUACCUACACUCAUGGUAACGAAGUAGUAGGGACAUCAUCUCAACAUGCCAUGUUAAAUAAUUUCAGUAACACUCAAAAUCAACCACUCCCUGUACAACCAAUUUCUAUGGUACGUGAAAACAUGAAACCACCUCAAGAAAUGCAACCGUCUGAGGUACCUCGGCAACUACAACUACCUGAAGCAGGUAGAUCAUCUUAUGUACCAGAUGUGGUGUUCAACACUCCAAAUAAACGACUGCGUGUACUACCAAAUUCUAUGUUCCAGUAA